CCGCCGCCACCGGGCGCGUCGAACGCCGCUCCUCGCCCUUCCACGGCCUCCUCGAGUCCUUUGGUCCUCGGACCCGGGCCCCGCGUCCGCUCUCCCCGCCCCGCAUCCUCCCGGCCUCUCAUUCAUUCCGUCCGCUCCUUCCUCUCUCCUCCUUCCCGCUUCCCCAGAGCCUCCCCGCGCGGCCCCGCUGCAGUCUCGGGGUGGUGGUGUUUUUUUUUUUUAGCACAUUCAUGGAAGUUUAGGGCCUGGACGGUGCCCCCAAGUCCGGCCUGAGAGCGCAGCCCGAGCUGCCGGCCGGGAAGAGGAAGAUGUCUGUGCUUAAGCGGAUGAUGCGGGUCUCCAAUCGCUCGCUCCUCGCCUUCAUCUUCUUCUUCUCCCUGUCCUCGUCUUGCCUCUACUUCAUCUAUGUGGCUCCGGGCAUCGCCAACACAUAUCUCUUUAUGGUUCAAGCUCGAGGAAUAAUGUUAAGAGAAAAUGUGAAAACAAUAGGACACAUGAUCAGGCUGUACACAAAUAAAAACACUACUCUCAAUGGCACAGAUUAUCCUGAAGGCAAUAAUUCAAGUGAUUAUCUCGUUCAAACAACAACAUAUCUUCCGGAAAACUUCACAUAUUCACCAUACCUCCCCUGCCCAGAAAAACUGCCUUACAUGCGGGGAUUCCUCAAUGUCAAUGUAAGUGAAGUCAGUUUUGAUGAAAUUCAUCAGCUCUUUUCCAAGGAUUUAGAUAUUGAGCCAGGAGGUCACUGGAGGCCUAAAGACUGUAAACCCAGGUGGAAGGUGGCAGUCCUCAUUCCUUUCCGCAAUCGCCAUGAACAUCUUCCAAUUUUUUUCUUGCAUCUGAUCCCGAUGCUCCAAAAACAGCGGCUGGAAUUUGCCUUUUAUGUCAUUGAACAGACCGGCACACAGCCUUUUAACCGAGCAAUGCUCUUCAACGUGGGCUUUAAAGAGGCCAUGAAAGACAGCGUCUGGGACUGUGUCAUCUUCCACGAUGUGGAUCAUCUACCUGAAAAUGACCGAAACUAUUAUGGAUGUGGAGAGAUGCCACGUCACUUUGCAGCCAAGCUGGAUAAAUACAUGUAUAUUCUUCCUUAUAAAGAGUUUUUUGGCGGUGUAAGUGGACUAACAGUGGAACAGUUCAGAAAGAUCAAUGGUUUUCCUAACGCCUUCUGGGGCUGGGGAGGGGAAGACGAUGACCUUUGGAAUAGGGUUCACUAUGCUGGAUAUAAUGUAACAAGACCAGAGGGGGACCUGGGAAAAUACAAGUCUAUUCCUCAUCACCAUCGAGGUGAAGUCCAGUUCUUAGGACGGUAUAAAUUACUCAGAUACUCAAAAGAGCGCCAGUACAUCGAUGGGUUGAACAAUUUAGUAUACACGCCAAAAAUACUGGUUGAUAGGUUGUAUACAAAUAUAUCUGUAAACCUCAUGCCAGAGUUAGCUCCAAUCGAAGACUAUUAAAGGAAGUAGCUCACGUGGCAAGACCGCAGUGCUGGAUCGGAACCUGGGAGUGCGCCCCUAGUGGAGGUCAGUGAAUGGAUGCGUCACAGCGCUCUGGGUGGUGAGAAGAGCUGUGUUCUCCGUGUUUAUUUGUGGGAUUGUACAGUCAGCCUUCUUCCACCCGCCCAUCUUCUACCCUGAGACACACCCCCUGGCGAGCACUGCAGAGACCAGAUGCAGUUAAGUCCGGCAGUUACAGGAGCUCCCUACGAAGAGAAAAUUUUUAUACUAAAAUCUAUAAUUUAAGAGAAUGCUUUAUUUCCAUUUAAACAUAUUUUGUACAUAUGUGAUGUAAAUUAAUGUGUUCAAAUUGUUGAAAAAUAAGAUGUGUUACAGUUUUGCAUGUAACGGGUGAUGCCUUUAUGGGACUUUUAUAAACAUUUUUUAUUUGCAUGGAAUAAAACCCUGUAAAUUUAUGUCACUAAACAAAGGUUAACCUUGUGUGAAAUGAAGGAACUGUCAAUAAUUGACAGCCAACUAAUACAGUACACUGUUAUACUAGUUUUGAGCUUUAGACCCUCAGCUUUUUGUGUGGAAGAAGUCACAGCUUCUGUACGGUUUUUAAGGGUAAGAAGAAAGGACUUAAAUAGCUUUUCUUCCUACCAGAAUUACCAAUUUUUUUUUCCUUGCUUGCAAUCUCAUCAGAUUUUGCUAAAUCACAACCAUAUUAUUUAUGCAUAUUGCAUGAGUAUUACUAAGAAAAUCUUAAAAGUUGUGAUGUGACAUGAUAUAAAGGACCUCUUUGUUAAACGUCUCUCAUGUACCUCUGGUGUAAGUGUCAGGGAUUUUGUGCCUCAAAAAAUGUUCCCAAGGUUGCGUGUGGUUGUACACUGUAUUUUUUUAAUUCACAGUGAAUAGCACUUUUAUUAUUUCCAGUUCAGAAGAACCAAAAAAAAUUUUCAUUUAAGAAAAAAGCAAAACAAUUUUUUAAAAGAUUGAGUUAUGGAAAACCCAGUAGUACUUAAAACAUACAAAUGAAUUAUACUAUUAGAUAAAAAAUUAAAUGUUCUAUUUUUAUGAAGGUAAAUGCUUAGUAGAUAAAAGCAGAUUUUAAGUUUAAUUAUCAGACUCACAGAACUUCAAGUUUGGAAGGGACCCUUUCUAAUGUUGGCUGGUUUCAUUCAAACUGCAUGUAUUUUUUUCACUUUUAAGAUAUUACAUCGCUGGUGUUAAAAUUUCCUCACUAAAACCAUAAAUUAAUAGAAUUAUAUUAAAAUACAUUACCAAUUAUUUAAAUGCAUUGGCUUUAUUAAGACACUUCUCUAAAAACAGGUCUCUCUACCUGUUAUCAAGUGUAUUACUUAAUCUUGAAUUUGGAUGGCAUUUUCAUAACAAAACCAAACAGUAUCCUUACUUGAAAAUUAACAGUUACGAUUGACCAAAGAUUCUUUAAAAUGUCUUAAGCUAUUUUCACAAAUUUAAAAGAAAAAAUUACAUGUCUAUCAAAUGAACCUUCAGUAUUGAGGAACAAAAUGGAUUAUUCACCUGACAUGGAUAUACUUAUUUAUCUCUCAGGUUGUAAGUUUAAUUUUAAAAUCGUCAUUUUCUAUGGCAAAUAUUGAUAACACAAAUGACUGCAAAUGAAACCAUAAAAUAAUUGAAAUUCUUACACUUUGAGAAAACUGAUAGCUCUCUAUUAUAACAAAUUUUCUACAUUUGUUUCUUAGAAUUCCAAAAUAUUUGUUUUUCAUUUUUUGAUGAAAAUUUAAACCUUCUGGAAAGCAAGAUAUUUGUUCUUAAAUUGUGUAUCUAUCUCUCAAAGCCAAUGUAGUUUUUUAAUUUGAUGGAAGAAAGUAGAUUGAAAAAGUUAACAUUUGUUGAUCACUAACAAGAUAGUAGGGGCAUCGGAGCAUAAUUAACCCAAUAAUACUUAAAUAUUUUAGUCAUGGGGGAAAUUGGGGCUGUUUCUGAGUCUUAGUAGGAAAACAUAUUUUUCUCUUUAAUAUGGAGCUGCCCACAUUUUGGAAUAUUCUCAUUUUGAUACACAUUUUUAUAGUUUCAAGAGAAUUCCGUUCAACUAGUAUUUGCCUUAUUUUCUUGGAUUAGGUCUACUAAUAAUUUUGCUUUAAGUGAGGGCCGUGACUAUUUUGGUUUUUUCAGUUUUGGAUGCAGUGUGGCAUCCUGAGAAAGCCAUCUCAUUAGUUUGCUUUUUGUGUUUUGCUUUUUAAGUGCAGACCUCAAAUUGAUUUUUGCAUAUAAGUAGUAACUUCUAUGUUUGCGUAUAUGUGAUAGAGCUUUGCCAGUUAUCUGUAUGAAAAGAGCUCUGUCCCAUGAUGGUGGUGGUGGUUUAGUACCUAAGUUGUGUCCAACUCUUUGCAGCCCCAUGAAUUGUAGCCCUUCAGGCUCCUCUGUCCAUGGGAUUUCCAGGCAGCAAUACUGGAAUAGAUUGGUUGACAUUUCCUUCCCCAGGGGUUCUUCCCAACCCAGGGAUUGAACCCUCGUCUCUUGCAUCUCCUGCCUUACAGACAGUAUCUUUACCAACUGAGCCACCAGGGAAACCUGUAACUCUGUCCCAUAAAAAUUAACAAAUACAUUACAGAUGCAAGCUACCUUUAUAAGUUCAGUGGAUUUAUUAGCAUGCGUGUAUUGAUUACCUACUCGAUUAGGUGCAGUGCUAGGUAUGUCCACAGAAAACAUCUUAUUUCAGUUCUAAACAAAUCAAGUUAAGCAAGUUAAAACCUUUCUAAAAUUAUGAAAACGUCUUCUGUUAACUUAUGCAUUAUAUUUUUUAGUCUCAAAGGCAAGAAAUGUAUAUAGAUAGACAUAAUUCUGAGCUCCCUAUAGCACUACUGGGAAAGUUACACAGUGCCUUUCGACUAGAGAAAGUAGUAAUGAUUAAUGGGCCUGUUUGUAGAAAAGAAAAGGAAAAAGUGUACACAUUUGCUGUAACAUUAUGUCUCAUUCACAGUGGGGAUUGUCAUUUAAGUCUUUGCCAAAACUGGGGUUUAAUGAAUAUUUUUUUAGUCUAAAUAAAAAUUUCUGUUUGUAGUUUGUGAAAAGGUAUUCCAUUAAAAAAAACCCUUAUUUGCAAUAUUAUGUAAAUACAAAAUUAUGUGUUACAACUUGCUUAUUCUUCUUUCCUAGCCAAGGUAUUGAUAUCCAUUUUAAAACAAAAUGGAAAAAUAUCCAGUUCAAUAUUCUCCUUCAUUUUGGAGGUUCUGUGCAAGUAAAAGCAGAUCGUGUGUCGUUUUAUUUGGCCUUUGUUUGCCUGCGUCAUAUUUCUUUGUGUUCUUUUCAGACAAAUACUGGUACUCUAGAUUUAUUAUCUUGUAUUUGCAAAUAUGCCAAUGAGAGAACUGAAAAGGUCAUAGUGUUUAUCAGAAAAAGGAAGUGUACUUAAGAUUAUUUUAUUUAUUAAGCUCUAAAAGGCUUCUAUAUAAAUGCACUGAAAUAAAUGCUAGUAAUUUCUUGUACUCUCAUUUUUUUUUUUUUUUUGCUUCUCAUGGAAAUGUUUGUACUUUUUUAUCAUUGUCUUUUAUGAAAUAUAAUGUUCUAAAGA